GUUCCCGUCAGUGUGUUUACAACCCCGUGGCCGCGAGGACCUCCACGAUGUGUCCGUGUGUGUAUCCACGUGUCCUGCUCCACACAGGGUCCUCCUCACUCACACUAACUUAACCAGUCCCAAGAAAGUGAUUUCUUUACAGAAUUGCUUUAGUGAAGGUUGUGUUUAGAAAUAAGACGUUGCUUGGUGUAAAUGGAAUGAAUAUCUUAGUCAAUUUCUUGGUAUUCAAUUCUUAACUAGUUUUCAUCCACGUUUAUUCUACCUAAAUAAACGUCUUGGUAAUUUAGCUCUAGAAAGAUGUAAAUAUAUAUAUUAGUGUGUAUAUAAGACGCUGAUAAUUAACCUACAACACACACACAUGAACUCCAUUAAAAAUGAGAUAUUCACAUUCCAGCAACAGAUCAAAGGGUAGCCUAAGAAAUAAGUCAAAUUAAUCAUUAGUUUGAGGACUAAAAGCUCACUAUGCAUAAGUCGAAUCGGAUUUUUUAUAUGAGAAACAUUCCACGCCAAAAGUGGCUUGCAAGCCGCGAGGAGUGACAAAAAACUCCAUCCCAACUUCCCUCAUCCUGUUGAACGAGAAGGCGCUGAGGGUCCAUGUCUCGGCUCCUGGGAUGCUUCGCUCAUAGUACCCGUCCACUUCCUGUAGACCAUACCACCGAGAUCGCCAACAGCAUCUCCAAACAUCCCCAGCAGGAAGCCCUGAAUCUUCAUCUGGGAUCUGUCAGUAGUCACAAAGACCUGGAGACUCCCAGGCUUCACCACCAGGGAACUUCUAACAGUCACAAAGAACACAAACAGGAGCAGACAACACUAAAAUAUGCUCAACAGCGGCAGCAGGGAAUCCUUAACCGGCCUCAGCAGGAGAUAAGCAUCACCCACAAACAGAAGCAGGAAGGCCGCUGCCCGGAACACAAGAAGAGAGCCAUCACCCCCUUCAGGAACUUCAUUCGACGAUUAGCAGGACGCGCCUCCACCUCUACCAAAAGCAGCAACAGGUCCACCAACACCACCAAAAGCAGCAACAGGUCCACCAACACCACCAAAAGCAGCAACAGGUCCACCAACACCACCAAAAGCAGCAACAGGUCCACCAACACCACCAAAAGCAGCAACAGGUCCACCACCACCACCAAAAGCAGCAACAGGUCCACCAACAUCACUCCAACCAUCAUAAUGAUCAACCCAGGGAUGGUUACAGAGGGAAGCAACAAUGGUGUGGGCGACGCUGGAUUCUGUGCCUGGGACCCCAACGCCGCCAGGCUCCUCAAGAUGGUCGACAAUGAGAACCUGGAAGGGCUGCAGGCGCUGCUGGAGGGGGGUAUCCAUGUCAAUGGCCACGGCGGCUCCUUCCACGAGACUGCGCUCCACCGCGCGGCUCAGAUCUGCUGGGCCACGGGAGUGCGGUAUUUGCUGUCUGCUGGAGCUUCAGUCUACGCCAAGAACCAGUUCGGUCAGACGCCAUUGCAUUAUGCGGCCGCCUCGAAGUCAACCGCGUGUAUAAAGUUGCUUCUGGAGUCUGGCCGACCGGGGGUGUUGGAUCACAGGGAUAUGAGAGGCCAUACGCCUCUGCACGAUGCCUCUGCUUCUGGAUGCGUCAACGCCAUCACGACGCUGCUGAAGGCUGGGGCUCUAAUCCGUGCUAAGGACGGCAACGGGGAGACGCCGCUGCACAAGGCGGCCAGAGCGCAGUCCAUCCCCGCCAUGUUGGCGCUUCUCAACGCUGGCGCCGACAUGUCCGCUUGUGACUCCAAUGGUGAGUCUGUUCUCUCCUACACCCUCCACCACUUCCCUGGCACCAUGGACGCUGUCUUUGAUUACUGCCUCGUCACCAACUCCCCCAGAAUGAACACCAAGACGUUAGAAGUAACUAUGAACUUCCUACCAUUAACCUGUUCAGAGGAUAAAAACCAAGUUCAAAAUUUGCAAUCGUUUGUAGGGCUGGGACACGCCAAGCUGUUGAGUCACCCGUUGUGUGAAACAUUCCUUCUGCUCAAGUGGAUGAACGUCCGUCGACUCUUCCUGAUUGAGGUAAUAUUAUACGUGCUGUUUGCGGUGGUCACAACGCUCCUCACAUUCAACAAGUUCGUGUGGAAGAAUGUUAGCAGCAACAACACGUCAAGGCCUAUGGGGUGUGGUGGACGAGAGUUGAACGAGAGCAAAGUGGAUAAAAAGUUCUCUAUAGUCAACAUACCCGAUGAAGGUGUGAGGGCCUUGCAAGGCAUCGUCAUCACCUACUUGGUGGCGAUUCUCAUACAGCAGUUCUUGUCGUUACUGCAGAACAAGAUGGCAUGGUUCCGGUCCUUGUCCGGGGUGCUUCAUGUCAUCAUCACCAUACUGGUGAUGAGUGUGGUGCUGCCCCCUGAGCCUCACAAGUGGCAGCACCACCUGGCCUCCUGCCUCAUGCUCCUCAUGUGGACCGAGUGCAUGCUCCUCAUCGGCCGCUUCCCCAACUGUGGCAUCUACGUCGUCAUGUUCACAAGAGUGGCUAAGGUCUUCCUGCGGAUCUUCCUCAUCUACUUCUGCCUCCUACUAGCCUUCUCCGCGGCCUUCUACGUCACCCUCCAUGACCCAGAGACCGAUACCACGCUCGGGGAGAAGAAUGUCGUCUUCUCCAACCCGAUCUUCACCUUCAUCAAGACUCUCACUAUGAUGAUCGGAGAGUUGGACUUCGAUGACAACUUCGUCUGCGGGUUGAACAACCUGUACGUCACGGGGCAGGCCAUAUUCGUCCUCUUCGUCAUUCUCGUCUCCAUCAUCCUCUCCAACCUGCUGGUUGCUCUCGCUGUUAAUGACGUGCAGGGCCUGCGUAACUCUGCGCACUUGGAGAGGCUGAUCAAGCAGACUGAACUUGUUUUCCAUAUGGAGAAGAACUUUUCGAUUGCAGCCUAUAUUGCAAACUAUGUUAAGAUCCCCACCCUGUGUGACAUGUUGAUGAAGAUUGCAAACGUGUGCAAUUAUGACUGCUACAACACCCGCGUCUAUAUUCUUCCCAACAACCCGAAGAAGUUCAACAAGUUGUUCAUCAUGCAAAACAAGAAAUAUAAUGAAACUACUCUACCUUCACAUCUUGUGACACAUGUGAACCAGUGUUUACGAACACGAGAAACUGAAACAAGCGACAACAAGAGCAGCACUCGGACCAAGAGAGGAAGCCGAAUAAGACGGGGAGAAUUUCAUCGAAAUGCCGACGAGGAUAUUAAGUCAAACAUUAAGGAACUGGAAGCUAACAUGAUUGAAAUAGUGAGUGAGAAGAUGGAGGACAUGGCAGACACACACUCUUUGCUGAACAAAAGAAUUACAGCCUUAGAGGAGAAGCUGGAUAAGGUUGUGAGUUUACUUCUAAAAAAUGACGGUGAUAAUGCUCCUGCCGACAAGAUUCCUCUCAGUGAUGAAGGAACCUGAAAGUUGCAUUGGUUUAGCUCAAUGCUAUGGAUUUAGAUGCUAAUGCAAAUGUUGGUUUGGAGUCAAAUUUGCAAGAGAAGAGGAAUGAGAUCAAGAGUGAGAAUUUAUAUAUGUUAAUAUAUAUAUAUAACUAAGCCUGAAAAGCAUUUUGACCAUAAUGAUGAUUGAUAUGUGAAAUUCAUGAAAUCCAGAACUUUCAAAUAUGUAAACAGAAUAAAUGUAUAUAUAAAAAUGAUGGAUAACAAUGAUAGAUUGAUCAAAGGUUGUGGUUUUCAAGUUAUGGAAGGGAUUUGGUUGUGUAACAGAUUUUCCUGCUGGAGGCACAUCAUAAAGGCAUAUACACUGAGAUCAUGACUCAGUGUCUCAGUGCUGUGUAUAUAUAUAUAUAUAUAUAUAUACUAUAGGUAGAAGAAAACUAGAUAGAGUGUGGCCUUCAUGACCAUGGUAGUUAAUAGGCCAUAAAUCUAACACUAACACCCACCUGCCUAAGAUGGUUUGAAGCAAACCGUUGGACCCUACCUUGGGUGAUCCAGCUAUAGGAAGGGAGGGAAUUACUAGAGAAAAGUGCUAAGCCAUUACGACUACGUACAGUAUGUGGCACUUGGAAUGGGUCAGGAUAAGUAGAUCCAGCUAUAAAUGGUUUCAGCAUGUGUUGGUGCAGAAGAUUGUAAAACCUGUUAAUUAAAAGAAUUUACAAUCUAGGCAUUUAUUGAACCAUAUUUACAACCGAAAAUUAAUUCACAAAUAGAAGCCAGAUUGAAACACGACUAGUGAUGAGGAUUCUGAUCCUAGUGAAUAAUAAAAAAAAAAAAUACAGUUCCAAAUAUCAGUUCACAACGCAAACUUAUUUCUCAUACAUUGAGUAUCUUAUUUUUAAAACAUAAAUUAUUAUUAUCCUGUAUGUAAUUAUAAUAUUAUCUGAUUACAGUGAAAUCAUAUUAAUUAAGCAUUUGUACUUUUAAUAAAACCAUUAAUUAUGCAUAGUGUUCUGUUUCAGAACAUCAAACAUCAGUUUCACGUCACUGUUCAAUGGAGAUAAUAUUGUAUAAUUUACUUAGUGAUCACGAACUGAAAAUGAAACAGUAUUACAUUGGUUUCUCAACAGUUUUUGUAUAUUUUGUAGGAGAUUGUUAUUUACCACUUUAUUAAGUGCUCGUGUGUUUUAUAUAUACUGUACUGUAAAUAGUUAUUUUAGUGGAGCUCAAUAUAUAUAUUGUAUGUAAUAGACUGUACUGUGAUCUGCAAAUACAAUUAUUGCAUUUUCUUGCUAUUUUUUAUAUGAAAUGUUAAAAAUUGGUUGAUAAACAGAAAAAUUCACACUGAAUUUGAAAAUUAGUUUUAAUGAAAAAAAUACCUUAAGCAGACAGCUCAAUAAUGGUAGAUCUAUCAUAUCUAUCAUUAAAAAAAUACUUUUAAGUAAAAGUUGAAAUAAUUUAGAUUAUAAUUUUGGUUACGGUAACGGACUGUUCUGUUUCAUUAAUAUUGUCAAAUACUGCACAAGUCGGUGAUCAAACUGUAAUAAAAUGUUCAUCCAUUUAUUAUGAACACGACAAUAUUUCUCAAUCCAUGGUAGAGAAAUAGGUGUACAAACCUCAUAAAAUUUGACCUUACAAUACCUGUGUUAGGCAUUUUCUCAUGUUUCGAUGAACAAGUCAUGCCCUUAUCCCAGCGCCUCGACUGACUUGUAUAACAUAAAGAACACUGAACCAUAACAGGUUGCAUCCCAAAGAACAGUAUCAAUUGUGAAUUAAGAGUGUUUUCCAAAUAGGUUAUGGAAAUGCAUGAUUUUUAGUCGAGUGAAAAACAAUUUGAGGAAGUUGCCGCUGAUGUGGCAUUAACUCAAGAUAUUACUGUGAUACAUUAAGGAUUCUCACAGCAUUCAGGCACACUUUGUGAUAAAAACAGUGUAAUAAAAUGAGAUAUUUAAUAGUGUAGUAAUUACCUAAAAGGACCUAGUGUUGGUCCUUGUGUGCUUGUGACUGUGUGGUAAAUGUUUAUUGUGGCGUAAUAAAUUUAACAAGAUUCUCUUAUAAAGGAAAAGAGAUGAUAGGAGAGAACAGUUUCUUAACAUGUAAUGUAGUCUUAAUAAUGGUGUCAGUGCUGCAUUAUACAAUAAUUCAAUACUGCAUGUAAAAAUUAUGUUCUUUUAAAGCAAAAUACUGAAUGUAUAGUUAAUUUUAAGUGCCCAAUUUGAAAAAAUGUGAUCAUACAGUUGUAAGAAGCAAUUGGUAUUUUACAAAUUAAAUCCAUUAUUCUGUAAACUUUACAAAUCACGGUUUGAUUACAUAGUAAAUAAAAUAUUAUUAUUUA